AUGUGUCUGUCUGAGUCAAUGAGUACAUUUCAGACUCCUGCUGCUUCAGUCACGCUGGCUGAACUUGGGAUAGAUACCAGCCUUCAGAACACAAUGGACGGACAGGCAUAUGGGAGAGAUGGAACAAAAGGAAAAGCCUGGAUAGAGGACGAAAAAAGAAAGGAUGACGACCUGGGUCAGAAGGAAAUGUUGGUGAUGGUGAAGGAAGGAUGUGCAGCGAAGGAGGGAUCAGCGAAGGUGAAGAUGGAGGAGAGAGGUCACUGGGGCAGCAAGACAGAAUUUCUCCUGGCCGUAGCAGGGAACGUGGUGGGACUAGGUAACGUGUGGAGGUUCCCCUACCUCUGCUACAAAAAUGGUGGAGCAUGUUUGAUACAGUACCGUUCGUACAGACCAGGUAUAGAGGUCACAAGACAAAGACAAGGGGCGUUCCUGGUACCGUACCUGGUGUUUGUGAUGACCUGCGGGGUGCCCUUGUUCCUGCUGGAGACGGCCAUGGGACAGUACACUCAGGAGGGGGGCAUCACCUGCUGGAAGAGGCUGUGCCCACUGGCCGAGGGUAUCGGCUAUGCAGGGCAGUUGAUCCUCCUCUACAGCUGUAUGUGUUACAUCAUCAUUCUGGCCUGGUCUCUGUUCUACCUGGUCUUCUCCUUCAGCGCUCAGCUCCCCUGGGCAAGCUGCACCAACCCCUGGAACACUGAUGACUGUGUUGACUUCUCCUCUCAAAACCGUACUUUCAAUUGGACCGGACAGAUGAACUCAACCUCUGCAGCCACUGAAUUCUGGGAGCGUCGUGUGCUGGCCAUCUCGGGGGGUAUAGAGGAGGUGGGCAGUGUCAGGUGGGAGGUGCUGCUCUGUCUCAUCGUCAUGUGGGUCAUCUGCUACUUCUGCAUCUGGAAAGGGGUCAAGUCAACAGGCAAGGUUGUAUAUUUCACUGCUACCUUCCCCUACGCGAUGCUGCUGGUACUGCUGAUCAGAGGCCUGACUCUGCCAGGGGCCAUGCAGGGGGUCCUGUUCUACCUCUACCCAGAACCAGACCGGCUCUCUGACCCCCAGGUGUGGAUGGAGGCCGGCUCCCAGAUCUUCUUCUCCUACAGUGUGGGAGUGGGCUCCUUAACCGUGCUGGGCUCCUACAAUACCUACAACAACAACUGCUACAAAGACUGCUUGUGGCUGUGCUUGCUGAACAGCGGCACCAGUGUGGUUGCUGGGUUCGCAGUCUUCUCAGUCCUGGGGUUCAUGGCUCAUGAACAGGGCGUCCCCAUUGAGGAGGUGGCGGAGUCAGGUCCUGGGCUGGCGUUCAUAGCGUACCCCCAGGCAGUAGCCAUGAUGCCCCUGCCUCAGAUGUGGGCUGCUUGUUUCUUCAUCAUGAUCAUUCUACUGGGUCUGGAUACACAGUUUGUUGCCAUGGAGGUGGUGAUGACGUCAGUAUCAGACCUGUUUCCCACGGUGCUGCGGAGGACUGGGCGCAGGGAGCUCUUCCUCCUCUUCUUCUGUCUCACCUGCUUCUUCUUCCAACUCAUCAUGGUCACAGAGGGUGGAAUGUAUGUGUUCCAGCUGUUUGACUACUACGCCUGUAACGGAACCUGUGUGCUCUUCCUCUCUGUGUUCGAGACCCUGGCCAUGGGAUGGAUAUUUGGUGCAGAGCGUAUGUAUGGUGUAAUAGAGGACAUGACAGGGAUGAGGCCUAACCCCAUCUUCAAGCUCUGCUGGCUCUAUAUGACCCCUCUGGUUUCCCUGGUGUCGUUCAUCUGCUCUCUGGUGGAGUACCAGCCCCUGACCUUCAACCGCUGGUAUGUGUACCCAGGAUGGGUGUAUGUUCUGGGCUGGCUGUUGGCCCUCUCCUCCAUCGUCCUGGUCCCCGGGUGGGCCCUGCUGCAGAUCUGCACCGGGACAGGCAGCCUUAGAGAGCGUUUCCUCCACUUGUGUCGGCCAGACCAUGACCUCCCGUUGACCCGGAAGAGAAAGGCUGUCCUCUGGAGCAGAGAUGGAUGUACUCAUGACUGCAGCAGGGGAAAGCACAGACAAAUGAACUGACACACACCUAGAAAAGUUUUUGUGUCAAAGCUCUUCGUAUACUGAACAUUUAUUUUAACACAACACCUAGCUGAACUCUUGUAUCUUUACCAACACGUUGAGAGAAUACCAUUGAUAAUGAACAAUGGUGCAUGUUUCAAUACAGUGUCAUCAUGUUCCAUAUUUGAAGUGUUGCCACCGUACAUUUGAAAGAACAUAGCUCAAGCACAGAGCGUCAAGCAACCUAGAGACACUGUUUUGUACAAUGACAAUCUACAAUGUUCUUUCAACUGUCCCCACUCAAGGCUUAACAUGGGUUACUGGAAGUACCUCAUGACGUACCUUUCUGAAGUCACUCACUCCAGUUUCCAUGGUAGCAGUUAUAGUCACAUAUAAAAGGUCAUCUAGAUUCUGUCAGUUUCUUAAUAUGAAAGACCACUUUUGGCUAAUAUACAGCAACUCUGACUAAUGGCAUUUUUGUUUUGUAAAUUAGUGCUUUACCUCAACGUUAGCCUUCACUUGCAUUUUUAUAAUCCUUAUUAGACAUCAGAAACAGGAUGUUUUUCUAAAAACACUAAUUAAAGUAGAUAAAAAAAUGAA